ACUCUCAAGUGUCAAAAGGAAAUGGAUGGAAAAAGGAAUGUCUCAUUAUUUUGAAAAUUUUUAAUAGUAAAUAAACAAUUGUAGGAUUUCUGUAUAGUCUUGUUGAUGUUGAUGGAUCGUAAUUGUUCAGUAUUUAGAGAGGUAAUGAGAUAUAAAAAAUGGAGGAAUGGCAAAGUAUUGUAACCACUUUGACACACGAUGAAGUCGUCGAAGUGACAAAAUCAUCGCUCUGCACAUUAGUAAGUACAGAUCCCGUGCUCAGCGAUUUGCCUUUAGAUGUCAUCACAGAAGAAAUAUUAUUACUGACUGCAGCAGAACACGGAAAGUGUAUUACAAUAUUCAUUCGUAGGGAAAAUGAACCCCCAUUAAGAGUCAUAGUGCCGCAAAGCGCUACAGUGAGGGAGUUGAAGAAGUCAAUAGCGCGUCAUUUUGAACUCUCGCAGCAGAGAAACGGGCCUAAGGUGAAGAUUUCUUGGAAAUACAUCUGGAAGACCUACGACCUCUGUUUCGACGGAAUCACAUUAGACGAAGAAAACGGUGCUAUCGACAGCUACGGAGUGUGUAAUAAGGAGAGUUUAACGUUCAAAAAGAGAAAUGGCAAAAAUAGAUAGAAUUUAAUAUGAAAGUUGUGUUUUUGCGUUUUCAUACAAUUCCCCGAUUCGCCUCAGACGUGA